AUGGCUUGUUCGGGUUCUCUAUGGCGUCUUCAGGCAUUCCAAUAUUAUAAGUUACGCCGGAACCGGGCGAAAGAACCAAAGCUCUGGAUCGUCCCAGCACUGGCAUGGAGGAUAAAGCACGGUAUCGCUAGCUCUUGGCCUAUUUUAUCAUCUCGCGCCCCAGGCCCUCUGGAACUUGAGGAUGAGAUGAGCGCUCACAAGGGUAGCCUUGAAAGCACGAGUUUCCGGGGCAGAGUGGAAACCGUUUACGAAUAA